GGAAUGUGUUCCGGUACUCAUGUCAUAUGUAUUUCUAUUUAAGUAGUGUAUUUACUUUUAGAAUAUCAGUCUCUUUGCAAGAUGAAAGCUAUCCUCGUUUUUAUUCUAUUCAUUUUAACUGUGCAAGCCAAGAGCAAAUGCAGCCAAGUACUUCAUCUAAAUCUUAAUCCUCACUGUGGAAUACUUCCUGAUUGUAACUUUGAUGGUCCAAAUAGAAGUUUCCUGGAAAAUGUGUCGUGUGAACGCGAAGAAAACGGAAAACCAGGAUUCAUCAAAAUAAUUAGCGGAAAAUGUCGCCCCGGUAAACCCCGUUGCUCGUUCAAAUAGUAAUAUAGUUCCAAUAUUUCAACAUUGCUGUUAAGUUUCCAUAUAUAUAUGUUUCAAUUAAAGGCAAUUUAAAAACUUGUA